AUGGCAACGCGUCGAAAAGCCGACACCGACAUCAGCAAUGGGGUUCCCAUCACAACCGGCAUGCCCAGCGGUACCGUUCGCUCUCCGUCCGCGCGGCGGUCGCCCUUCCUCCCCACCCGCCUCGAAGCGCAGCUCAUCGCCAUCUACCCAUUGACGCUCCUCAUGGGUAGCGUGUUCAGCAUAAUAUCGCCCUCAAACCGCAGUGCGCCCUACUCCACCGUCCUCCAGUCCCACCCCGCCGAAUUCGCGCCCUCGUACUUUGCGCAGAAGAAGAACAUCUUCAACGUAUACUUUGUCAAGCAAGGCUGGUUCUGGACGACACUCGCGUUCGCCGUCUUCGUCACCUUUCACCCUGGAUUCGGUCAGGGUGCCAGCGCGAGACGCAUCCGAGCGGUGAUGCGAUAUGGCGUCGUGACAACAUGGUGGUGCUUCAUGACGCAGUGGUGCUUUGGGCCGCCGCUGAUUGACCGCGGGUUUAGGUUCACGGGAGGCCAGUGCGAAAUCAUCAGGGAUCCGGAGGCGAGGGAAGAAAUGAGCACCACGAGAGAGUACAUUACCGCGGCGACGUGCAAGGCAGUUGGUGGAACAUGGAAGGGCGGACACGAUAUUUCCGGACACGUCUUCUUGCUCAUACUUGGCUCGUCACUCCUGUGGCUGGAGUUUCUGCCUGCGUUGACGCGUGUAGAGGGACUGAGGGAUGGAAGGCUCAUCACCUUGCCCGAUGGCAAAGUUGCGAGCGUGGCAGUGGAGAAAGACCUCGUCAAGUCUGAGGGCGAGGCUACUGCGCGUGGCGUCAAGUUCGCGCUUGGUGUCGCCGCGCUGAUGUGGUGGAUGCUCCUCAUGACGGCCGCCUACUUUCACACCUGGUUUGAGAAGUUCACGGGCCUUUUGGUCGCCUUUGCAGCGCUGUGGACUGUUUACUUCCUUCCAAGAGGCGUCCCACAGGUCAGAGCGUGGUUGGGCAUGCCUGGAGUAUGA